GUUCUUGUGUGACGUAUUCCAUUUGUAUUGGAAACAAAUUUUUGCGAUGGAGAGAAAACUCUCGUAUCAAUUUCUUCGAAAUUGUCGACGGUUCGUUUUUGUUCUCUCCCAAACGCCGAGACGGCGAUUUCAACUUCUUGUCUUCUAUAUUGUGUCGAUCUCAUCUUCUCAAUUCAAAACCUUGAGACCACUCUCCAGCUCUCUCCGUUCUUCUUCCGUCUCUUUCAGUACCGCUGCAAUGGCCGAGAGUGCAUUAAGGAAGCGGGACUUGAAUGGGAAUGCUUCUUCUCUUCCUCGUCGUCCCAAGGUACCAAGAGGAAAUUUGCCUCAUUCCAAGAAUAUUCCUGAAACUAUGGGUAAUGUGCUUGUACCUCCUCAGCUCAAGGGAAGGAGCAAUUUUUGUUUGCUUUUCAUAAUUGGGUCAUUUGUGAAGAAGGGAAGCCAAUAAAGAGAGCUUAUGAUGGGUUGCUGCUUGAUGCUGGAGGAAUUCUUCUGCAAUUGUCGAAACCUGUUCAUGAAACCUACGCUUCCUUGGGCCAAAAAUAUGGUCUCAAGACAACUCCAGCUGAGAUCAAGCAAGGUUUCAAGAGAGUUUUUUCUGCUCCUUGGCCUGAGAAGUUGCGUUACCAGGUCCUUGAAUGAAUGAGUGAAUCUCUCUUUGUAACACAGAUUAUAUAUUUGGUCAUAACUUCAAGUUGAAGCACACUGGUCCAGGGAUUUGGUCUGUGGCUAAUUCUGGUGAUGAUCUGUUUAUGAUGAUCUGUUUAUGAUGAGAACUUCAAUUUAUGAUGAUCUGUUUCAUGUUUUGGUAUUAGUUCUCUUAUUAUUAUAUACCAAAUUUUAAAGAUUUUCUAAUUGUAAUAUGAUUGCAAAUAUUAAUAAA